AUGUCUGAGCCACGUCACGUUCAGUUCGAUGAGCCGAUGACGGUUGACGAGGAAGAUAACGACCCCACCCCUCCAGCGAAGAAACGCAGGACUGACGAUGGUCCCAGCCACGACGAGUCCGGAGAAUCGAACGCCCCGGCUGAAUCGUCUGGUCAGAACCCGCCUGACAUCGAUGAGAGCCUCUACUCGAGACAACUAUACGUGCUAGGACGAGACGCCAUGUUACGCAUGGCGCAGUCAGACGUUCUGAUUUGCGGAAUGGGAGGACUGGGCGUGGAGAUUGCCAAGAACAUCAUCCUGGGCGGCGUCAAGUCGGUCACCCUUCACGACGAGGCCGUGUGCACGAGGCUCGACCUGUCCUCGCAAUACUACCUAAGGGAGGAAAGCCUGGGCGAGAACAGAGCCGCAGCUUCCGAGGCAUCACUGGGGCGACUGAACCAGUACGUGCGUGUGGAGGCCCAUACGGAACCCCUGAGCAAAGAGUUCCUGAAGCAGUUCAGCGUGGUGGUGUUGACGGAGACUCCGCUAGACGAGCAAGAAGAUAUCGCCGCCUUUGCCCGCGAGAACAACAUCUCCCUGAUUGUGGCCGACACCCGGGGCCUGGCUGGGCAGAUAUUCUGCGACUUCGGUGAAAACUUCCGAGUGCUCGACCCAAACGGAGAGGAGCCGCUGUCAGUUUUAAUCGCCUCUAUCUCCAAGGACACGGAAGGCGUGGUGACCUGCUUGGACAAAAUGAGGCAUGGCUUCGAGGACGGUGACUACGUCACAUUUUCCGAGGUCAAGGGCAUGACCGAGAUCAACAACUGCCCGCCGAUGAAAGUCAAAGUGCUCGGACCAGACACAUUCUCCGUGGGCGACACAACGCAGUUUGGUGAUUACACCCUUGGCGGCGUCGCAACUCAAGUAAAAAUGCCAAAAGACGUGAAGUUUAAAUCAUUCCAGGAGUCAGUGGCCGAGCCCGACUUCGUUAUGUCAGACUUCGCCAAAAUGAGUCGUCCUCCGCAACUUCAUCUUGGUUUCAUGGCCCUCCACGAAUUCCAGCGUCUGCACUCGCGCCUGCCUCGCCCUUGGAACAAGGAAGAUGCAGAAGAGGUUGUCCGAUUGGCCAAAGAAAAGAACGCCAAGCUGGCCACACCACUGGACAAUGUGGACGAAACGGUGAUUACGACGCUCUCGUACGUGUCGUCCGGCUCGCUGUGUCCCAUGCAGGCCGUGAUAGGAAGCAUCGCCGCACAAGAAGUCAUGAAGGCGUGCAGUGGGAAGUUCGGGCCCAUCCAGCAAUGGUUCUAUUUCGACGCUUUCGAGUGCCUCCCACAGGACGCGGACGUGUCAGAAGCAAGCGCGAAUGCGAUGGAACACACCCGUUACGCUGGGCAGGCCAGGGUUUUCGGGACCGAUGUGCAAGACCAGCUGAUGUCCCAGAAUUACUUUGUGGUUGGCGCUGGAGCCAUCGGCUGCGAGCUUCUCAAGAACUUCGCCAUGAUGGGCCUUGGCGGGAACGACGGCCUUAUCCACGUGACAGACAUGGAUGUCAUCGAGCGGUCAAACCUCAACAGGCAGUUCCUGUUUCGACCCGAAGACGUUGGCCAAAUGAAGUCCACGACGGCCGCGAGGGCUGUCGAGCAAAUGAACCCCGAGAUCAACAUCGCCGUCCACGAAGACAGAGUGGGUCCGGAGACGGAGAACGUCUAUAACGACGACUUCUUCGAAUCUCUGGACGGCGUCGCCAAUGCGCUGGACAAUGUGGAUGCACGCCAGUACAUGGACAAACGCUGCGUGUACUACCGGAAGCCGCUGCUCGAGUCUGGCACUAUGGGAACCAAGGGCAACGUGCAGGUCGUGAAGCCCGACAUGACCGAGUCCUACUCGUCGUCCCACGACCCUCCCGAAAAGUCGAUACCGGUCUGCACCAUCAAGCAUUUCCCCAACAACAUCGAGCACACCCUGCAGUGGGCACGAGAUGAAUUCGAGGGUCUGUUCAAGCAGGCGGCCGCAAAUGCCGUCCAGUACUUAACUGAUCCCGAGUUCUUGGACAACAUGAGGCAAAGGCUACAACUCAACCAGCAGGUGGUGAUGCUGGAGGAAAUUAAGAAAAUUCUCGUAGACGAACGAGCAACCGUCUUCGACGACUGCGUUGCCUUCGCCCGACUGCGGUUCCAGGAACAGUACAACACCGAGAUAAGACAGCUGCUCCGCAAAUAUCCCGAGGAUCACAUCACGAGCUCCGGAGCUCCAUUCUGGUCUGGCUUCAAACGGUGCCCUCACCCCGUCGAAUUUGACCCCAACAACACCCUGCACAUGGACUACAUCGUGGCUGCAGCGAACCUGAGAGCUACGAUGUUUGCCAUCCCGCACAAUACCGACCGUGAGGCGAUCGCCGAAAUGCUCAAGGAAGUUGAAGUUCCAGCAUUCGAUCCACAACCGAACCCAGACCCGAACAACGCCGCCAACAACGCCAACAUUGCAGUGCCACAGAACGACUUAGAGCGCUUAGACGACCUACUGGAGGAGCUGCCGGAACGAGAUGAGCUCGAGGACGUGCACCUUGAGACGCUGGAUUUUGAAAAGGACGAUGACGCAAACUUCCACAUGGACUUCAUCGUGGCGGCAUCCAACCUGCGCGCCGCCAACUACGACAUCGAGCCGGCCGACCGGCUGAAGAGCAAGCUCAUCGCGGGCAAGAUCAUCCCGGCGAUUGCCACCACCACAUCUCUGGUCGCGGGUCUUGCUUGUCUCGAGUUGUACAAGCUGGCGCAGAAUCACGAGAAGCUGGAGCUCUACAAGAACGGUUUCGUCAACCUAGCGUUGCCUUUCUUCGGCUUUUCCGAGCCCAUUCCUCCGGAAAAGAAAAAGUUUCGCGACCAGGAGUACACCUUGUGGACAAGCAUUGACAUCGAAGGCGAGAUGACCCUGGAGGAAUUCGUCCAGCACUUCAAAAAAGAGUUCGAAGUUGACAUCGUCAUACUGUCUGAGGGUGCACGCAUGUUGUACGCCAACUUCAUGCCUCCGCCGGCGAAGCGCCUUAAGAUGACCAUGAGCGAAGUGGUGGAGGACGUGUCCAAACAGAAGAUCGAUCCGGGCAAGCGCUUCCUAAUGUUACAGCUGAUGUGCACCGACUUGGACGGCAACCAAAUCGAGGUGCCCCAAGUACGCUACCAUCUGCCGACUCGAGAGGAACCCGGCUCUCCACAGUGAACGACCCAACAGCAACUGCCGGCACCAUCCCAGCCGCGACACUUCGCAGCCCGUGCAGAUGCCAAAAUGCAAGAGACGGGCCACUCUCUUCCCAUUCACAACGCCUCGAAUUCGAAGUUUACUUGGGCCCCGCACUUUUAUUUAAGUUUAAAUUUCCACAAAUUACAGCAAUGAAAUCCAAACCAAUGGUUGGCUUUGCGAAAGUUUGCCUACGUAAAUACGCGCGUAUACCACUA